AGAUAUUCUUUGUUUGAUGUCUAUAAAAGAGGCACAUAACAUGUCCUGGCAGUUAGUCUGUAAGUGAAUCUGAAUGGUUUCUUUCCUGCAAAGAGGAAACAAGUUGUCAUCAGAGAAGCUAAGCAGAGACAGAAGGGAAGACAAGCAAGUGCAGAUGGGUCUGGACUCGUCCUCCUACCUCUCCCUUUGGGGCUUAUGGGUUGUCUGCCUUUUCCAACCAGCUAUGUCCAGCUGUCCCAGAGGUUGGAUGGCUUACGAGUCCGGCUGUUUCGGCUACUUCAAUGUCGAUCUGAAUUGGGGGGAUGCAGAGGUGGCAUGCCAGAAGUUCGGAGCAAGUGGGCAUCUUGCCUCAUUUCACGACCGUAAAGAGCUAGAGGCCAUGGCAAAAUACAUUAGACAAGUUAAUAACGUUGGCAAACCUCUCUGGAUCGGACUGUAUGACACCAAGAGAAGUUCUUCAAUACAGAACCGAGAGUUCAAAUGGACCGAUGGAUCCCCAGUCCCGUAUAUGCCCUGGGAUGCAGGAGAACCCAACGCCUGGGUUGGCAAGGAGUUCUGUGGGGAACUGACUAAAGAUGGAUUCAAUUUACUGAAUGACAAGGAGUGUGCAAUAAGACAACCCUACAUUUGCAGAUUUGAACCUGGGGUGUCAGGAUAAGAUGCCAGCAUGCCUGACCCCUUUCCUAUGGGAUUGCUGUAUGAUUGCCACAGUCUUGUGAGCAUCCAAGACUUUCUAGCUGACAAUAUUGUCAUAUAAUAGACCCGUGGAGGAUCUGUGCAUCAGCAGAUGUUCUUUCUGGGCUGUGAUACAAAUGAAUAAAUUCUUUUCCAAUUAUGCUUA